AUGGAAUUUGCUUUAGAAGUAGUAACGACAGUGCUUGAGUACUUUGGCUGGGACAGAAACGAAAUCGAAGUAAGUUUUUUUUUACGAAUUGUUGUUCAGAAUGCGUGACCACUUUGACGUAGUCAGAUAAAAGUUAUCAUCGAUCGAGUAAUAUUUUUUUCCAUUUCAGGAGCUAUUCAAUCAAGAUCGAAGAUUAAGGAACCGAAGAAGAAGUAUCGUUCGACGAAUCGUCCGAGAGUUGUCACAUUAUAAUCUCAAAUUGUUUACGAAACGUAGCAUUGUUCGUGAGAUUGGAAGUCGACUGCCUUUGAAACCGUGUAGAAGACCGUAUUUCGAGGUGAGUUCAGCUAUAAAAUAUAUCGCAGCAAGUUCGAUCUCUUCGUGCAACCUAAAACCAAUUGAUCUGAAAUCAGUUCUUCAGGCGUCGCCCGUUUGAUCGUUGAGAAAGUAUGUUAAGCAGUUGAUCAGCAUCGUUUACAAGGCAAUAUUUUUAUUUCAUCUUUCAGCUAAGUCUAAACAGAAAUAAGCAAGAACUUUGUUCGGAGAUUGAAGGAAAUCCAUUAUCUCUAAUGAUGAUGGCAUCCUUAGCUGAUGUUGCCUGGAUAACGGACAGUGACAGUUCAUCAUCUGAAGCUGACCUUCCUGAUGAUGAUGAUGAUAAUGAUGAUGAUGAUGAUGAUGAUGAUGAUGAUGAGGGGGAGGAAGUAAUUCUCAGAGAACUUGAAAGCCCAUUCAGGGAACCAGAGCUAGAAGUAGUCCAGGACGAACCAGAAAAUGAUGAAAAAGACAACGCUCCAAAUAAGGAGGCCAUGCAAAAAAUUUCUGCUUUGGAGGAUGAACUUCAGAGGUUGAGAGCUCAGAUAGCGAUGAUGCUGGUUUCUGCUCCACAAAAUCAAGGGGCUCCAUCCACACCAAUGGGGGCAACUGCACCCCCUCCCCCUCCACCACCACCUCCACCCCCACCAACACCCAUGACGACCCCCCUGAAACCGGUUUCACAGAUCAUAAGAGAGGUAUUACAUCAGGAUCAAUCUUAUCAUAGUUCACAAACUCAUUUGGUUUUUUGAUUACAAUCACUAAAAAAGACAACUUGAUGUCUGAGUUUUUCUUCCUAUGAUUUUCAUCAAACAGAACAGGGCUAAAAGAUUAUCCCUUGCCCCAGGAAUGGGACCAGCUGAACAGUCAAGUGCAUGCACUUUGCCAAACAUGGCAGAUGUACUCAAGGGAUUAGGAAAAGUCAAACUCAGAACAGUCGAGAGGUGAAUGAUUAACAAAUAAUUGGAUAGCACUGCAUUUUCAUUCUUUAAAGAUAAUAACUGAAGCAUGUGAACAGUAGGUGGUGUCCAUUUUAGAGAGAAUGAACUGAUGUGUUCCUUUUUGUAGGUCCCCUGGUGGUACUCCCCUAAGGAAGCCUCCUGCUCCUACAGAAGGAAAUGAUCCUGCCUCAAUCAUUGCACAAGCCCUCAAGAAAAAGUUUGCACACAGAAGAAGACUUGAAGCAAACUCUCCAGGUAAAGAAACAGUUCUGAUGGACUUUUCUUAUUAGUAACUUGCACACUAAUCGCCAACACCCUGUGAACCACACAUUGUUGAUUCCUAAGGGGUAUGAAACUUUACUCUAACCACUAAAGAGGUAGGCCAUUAUUACUCGGUCUGUAAAAGCAAGCAAGAGCUGCAAGUGAAGACAGGAAGCUGCUUAUCUAGGUCUGCCUUACUGAUAACCAUGAAGCUGAUGCAGUAAGGGAAAUCCCAAAGUUGCUUAAUUUAUUAGUUUUACACAAGACAGUGCCAACUCACAUGGCCAGUAUACAUAGGACAAGGGGAACUACAAUUAAUGCAAACACAAAUCAUGAUGGUUAACAUCCUGGCAAUCAUCCUUUUUACUCACACCUAAUCUUUCCACCCACAUUAUACACCUGCCAUUUGUGCUGCGAUAGGGAAGAGGAGGUUGUAUCCCAGUUACAGAUCUUAUCCUCUGUGAAUGUACAAACCAACAAAUCACUUUCAGUUUUGAAGUAUGCCACUUGCACAAGAAUAAUAAGGCAAAUUCAACUUCACUGUAGUCAAAUGUUAUCACAGAACAAGCAUCUUACUCUCUUUGUAUUGCAGACACCAACAAAGAAAAUAACAGCCCUGGAUCACCAUUUGGUACCCCACCAUCAAGCCCUAACAAAUCUGUUCCUGUAAGUAAUUCGCUUUUUGAUGUCAAAUGUACAGUUGGUCAGAUGGCACAGGUGUACAUGUAGGUAGGACUUUUCAGGUUUUGUGACCAUUCAGAGGUGCACUUGUUUGUUGUUAUAACAUUAUCAAUUUCUCAACAAAGAGGAGGAAGGUCACAUACUUCCUUAGCCUUCAUUCUAUUUGGUUCAAACUGUUUCUCUGGAACACUUGAAUACCCUCCAUCUCUGCUACUACGCAUUUGACCCAGGCAAAGCUUUCAUUACGACAGUAAUGUUAAAGCCUGGUUUUCACUAGUGGCCCCAGCACAAACACACGGAUAAGGUAAAUAUGCUGAGUAAAAAUUUGAACAUCAAGCCCAAGGUAACUCUGCUGAGUGAAAAUGAACAUCAACAAGCACAGCACUUAGCCUUGUGCUUGCGUUUAAGUCAAGGCCAUUUUCACAGUGGAAGAUGAGCUGUUGUGCUUAUGUCAGUGCUUGUGCUUGCAUUGCUGGUCAAAACCAGACUUGGCUGUUUCAAGAUUGCUCAACAAGCAAUAUCUACUGGUACUUAAAUUACAUCUAUAAUUUAUUCUGAUUUUUCUAGUUUGGACCCCACAUGUUGAAAGCAACCAAUAAGAAACGGCGAUCAAGUACUGGAUUAACAAGAACCACAAAACCAAGUCCAUUGGUUAAAGUUUGCUGAUAGACAAAUUUUCUUAUAAUAACUUUUAACCAACAGUUAGACAUUCCAUUAACAAGUAUUCUUUAAAAUAGUUUUACUUUGAUUGUAGUCCCUAAUAAUCCCAACAAUGCAAAGGUUCUGUUUAUAGGUGUAUCCUGACCGAGUUGUUUUCACUUUUAAUUUGAUUUUUAUAUUUUCACAAAAUUUCUGUUACCAACAGGAGUGCUGCUUAGAGCCUGUUUUUUAAAUGGAGCAUAUCAGGUUUCAUUAAGAUGUAGCCUACUAGUAAUACCUGGACUGUAUAAAUUAUGUUCUUUAAGUGUUUGAAAAAACUUCAGCGAGCAUCUAAAUUUUAUGGUUUUACUGUUGGAAAGAGAUCUUAAAUUAAACUUAAUAGGUAUUGAAUACACAAAUGUCCAAGGUCCUGUUAAAUUACUGUAAAUAUUGUACAGUAAUUCUUAGAAGGAAUGUAUAUUACAAAGUGUCACAGAUGCCUUGUCUACAAUCAUGUUACAUGUCACAUAGUUUUCUGACAUUUUGUAAAUGCCUACUAAAUUCCCUUGCCUCAAGAGGAGGAAGUUGACUGAGAAUUCUCUGAUUGCCUGAUAAUCAAGCUAAAGUAAUUAUUGCAUUAAAUUAGUUGUUAAAUUCGUAAAUGCUGAAUCUCAUUAUAUAUACCCUAAGUAAUAAAUUUGUAAUCCAACAAUCUUCUUUGUUCUUGUAAUCUAGUUUUAGCAAAAUUUUAAGAACAUU